GUUACCACACCAUGGGGCACCUUUCAAAACUUUCGCUUGUUUUCCUUUGAUCGCGAAGAACGGGUUUACUCCACUGGAACGGAUUAUUACCUCAGAGAAAAUCUCUGCCUUUCUCCUUGGGAUUUAUUCAGACGCUGCGGUAGUAGGAGGUGAACUGUUUUAGCACAUUCCUGUGGUGGAUUUACCAAACUCGGAUAGUUAGUUACUCAUUAAGGAAUGCAGGUUUAACUGUAGUUUUCUUAUCAGUGCACUGGGAUUGAACCCCAAUCUGGUGGAGGUUUACAAUAUCAAGGGAUGAGCUGCUGUUGACAUCAUGUUGAAGUCAUUUUCUAAGGGCCUGUCCAACAUCUUGUCGACCUUGGACAAGAAGUCAGCCCUUAAUGGCAACUCCAAGUCGGACGAGAUGUCUUCACUAGACACAAGAGCCACCCACUCGGACAGUAACGAGCAGCCCCGGGCUCGCUAUCAGUACCAGUAUGAACAGCGCCCUCUGUACAACGACAAUCCAAAGCCUAAACGCAGCCAUUCUGCUGGAAGAUACUCUGAUCACUCCGCUGGUGAUGAUGACUAUGUCAGAGUGGCCGAUACGAGGUCCUCAGAGCAGUACCGAUAUGAGUCAUCAUAUUCUGGAAGAGGAGAUCAAGACAGAAGGGGAGGAUCCUACCAUGAUGGGUCACAACCUUUCAAUUCGUCUUACCACCACUAUCCCAGAGAAGAAGAGGUUAUGGUCAUGCAGGAUGCAGAGCAGUACUGGGUUCCAUCGUCAUACGUCUCCCCUUCGACACAAUCGCCCUAUCAGCCUGGGCCUCCAAAACCACCUCGCCGUCAACAGUCACUGAAUCGCAUCCACAUCCCAUCAGGCCCUGAUUACGAUGAGGAUACAAGGUCCCCAACUGAGAUGGAGCUCUCGUCGACAUCUCCUGAGUCUGGAAGCCCGAAACAUUGGCAGACAAGCCCUUUGGUGAACCACCAACAGGGUGUGUUCGCUAUCAUCGGUUCUCCUUCUAAGCCUACCGAGAAAGCAUCACAUGAAGUGGGUUACCCAAGCCAGCAGGCUGUCCAGACUUCCUCUGCGAUGACUUACAAUACUCACAGUCAGAGGGAAUACUCCCAGUCGUAUGCUAAACAACAGAGUUACACCAUGCAUGAGAGGGAUGAAAGACGCUCACAACCUCAAUAUAAACCAACUCCAACUUCACCCCAAAGGCAGGCAAAUAUUACAAGACAAAGCUCUCUGCCUGUGUCUCGUAGUCCUCAAAGUAUACCUCGUCAGCAAAACGUCCAAAGGGCUGCAUCUUUUGACAGGAAGCCUGGGAAUACAAGAAAAAGAGAUGAUGCGCCCAGGAAAUCUCAAACAGCAUCCCGCUCUCCACAAAGAUAUUCCAGUAAAGGCAAGCGAGAGCCAGAUUUACAACCCAGACGCUCCGACCCAAAAAGCAGAGCUCCGGGUGAUCGCCAAGGCAGUCGAUCAGUUGGCAGGCCUGCUCAGCCAGGGAGAAACCAGCAACGACGUCCACCUGUUGAUUCCAGAAGCCGUAAAAUUACGUCCCCAGAUCGUGGUGUUGCUUUGAUUCCAACAAAUACACCAAGACGUGGCUCACUCCCAGAUACUGAUAUUGAGAGGUUCAUAGUCCCUAAUAAACAGGCAGGAACAUUUGCGUCACCCCAGUAUCAGACAACCCCGAUGAAACCUGUAUCAACACCUACAAGCGCCAAACAGGGUGGGAUAGGGGCUUUGCUUAUAUCAGACAAAGAUCACGAAGCGGUGAAUAUUGAUUCUGUUUCUUGGCUUCUUGAAAACCGCAAUUUCUCCAAAACCGAGUACGUCAGUGACAGCGGAGUGAGCUCUAUUCGGGACGGGUCUUUGGGACCUCAAGCUCACACCUUUGUUGCCCCAGUCCAGGCUGCUUUAACUACAAGCAUGGAUUACAGUUAUCCAUCCAAAACGCAAGCACACUUUCCUGAAGAAACUGCACAGUAUAGACUUUAUGGUGAUGGCCCGUUAGAGUAUCCCUCUUACGGAAAUGAUAAAGAGAAAAUGUUGUUCUCUAAGCCUGUGUCUUUGGAGAAGCGCCAACAGGAAGAUUAUUACAGUAAGCCAAGUCCUUCUUCUUACUAUUCUUCCCCAGCUGAUAAGCAACUGCAAGAGCCUAUCAGUCGACGUGAUCAGCGCAGGCCGCUCCUCCGCUCUACUUCUCAAGAAAGCUCAGAACACGACCGGAAAACUCCAAAAGACCAAGAGCAAAAAAGGCAACAUUUCCCCCAAACAGACACUGUUGAUCCGAGGGUUGGCAGCAGCUUGUACUAUCCUCCAAGCCAACAAAAGUCCACCAGGAAUAGCUCACAGCACCAGGAUUCUCCAUCAAACAGAUCACCAAAGAAGGCUUUAUUUAAGGAAGAUCAUCCUAACUUGGCACAGUAUCGAGCUGAGGAGGUCAAGCCACUGGUAGAUGCUGGACAUUAUGACUACCCUAAGAAGUACUAUCCAGUGCAAGAUUCCCCAACAUCAGGAUCCAGCUAUGACCAACAUGACCCCUACAGCAGGCAAGUGGCUAAUGGUCAGCGCAUCAAAGCCUCUCCGAAUCGGUACAACAAAAAGAUGGUGGAGGCGGAUCGCAUGGGCAUCGAGCCAGCCAUGGAUGGGGGCGAGGCUUACUGGGGUAUGGAAUUAAGGAAGCCACCACCAAAUCGGCUCAAUCACUCUCAGCGGACCCCAGAGCAAGUGUCAGAACACCGUAGCACCCCAGAGGCUUCCAUUGGACAAAGGAAGGAGGCCUCAGUCUAUUACAGCAGAGACACUACGCAAGUCACGUCUUCUAGUUCGUCAAGGACUUUCCAAGAGAGUGAGAUCAAGAGGCAGCUAGAGAGUCUUAAUCCAACUUCUCCACCCGCAGAAAGACAAUCACGCUAUGAUAGGCUGAAGCAGCGUGCAGCAGGACAACAAACCUCUCAAAAAUCCAGUGCCGUCAAGAGUAUGCAACCAAGGAGCAAAAGUUUGUCGAGGCUCGAUACUCGAGGAAAGGUACCACAAAGCUCAGAAAUAUCUUUAAAUAAAGAUACACUGAGUAAGUCCACAGACGACCUGGAUGAUCUCCGAAAGCAGGGAUUUUCCCGUGGAGCAGCACUCUUCAUGAGAAUGAUGAGGCAAGCUAGCAUGGAGGAAGAGGAUUAUGAGUUGCGUUCCAUCGGCCCAGUAGCUGUGGACAGCUACGUUGGAACACCAAAAUUAUUUCAGCCUCAAAUCACUAAGACCGGGGAACCCAUUUUAGACUUGGCAUCUCCUGGAUCAGAUUCAUUUGGUGGAGGUCCACCGUCAAUGGAAGAAGAGCCACUUCUUACAAUGAAGGUCCAACAUAAGGUGGAGUCAGCUCCCCCAAGGGGAAAGGCUUCUGAACAUGGGCAGGUUCCUCCAAAGAAAAAGGCUUCUGAAUUUGAGGAGGUUCCUACAACUCAUUGGCGUGACCGGGUUCAGACAGAGAGGCAAUAUGAGCAGAACCAAACUAAAGAGCAGCGAAACGGUAUCGCAGAUACUAAACCAAUCCAAUCUCCUGAUGGUCCUCCUUCUCCUGUGGUAAUCACUCGUCAUGGAAAUCAGGAAGUUCCUGUGGAAUGGUUGCUCAAACAAGAGGGACUCAGACGUACUCCGGCUGGUGGCAAGCGGUCAGCCUCCCCCAGCAAAUACAGUCAUCUCACUGAUCGUUCCCCUUCUCCUACCAAACGCACCCCUCUUGUUGAGAAAAGUCUUAGUUUUACAGAAACAGAGGAGGUUUUUGAACGAACAUCAGCUGCAAAACAGUCAUCAUCUCCUGCUGGUGACAAACGGUCAGCCACCCCCAGUAAAUACAGUCGUCUCACUGAGCGUUCUCCGUCACCUAACAAACGCACCCCUCUGGUUGAGAGAAGCCGUAGUUUUACAAAUGCAGAGGAGGUUUUCCAGCACACAGCAGUUGCAAAAGAGUCAUCAACUCCUGCUGCUGGCAAACGGUCAGCCUCCCCCAGUAAAUACAGUCAACUGACUGAGCGGUCUUCGUCUCCUUCCAAACGCACUCCUCUCGUUGAGAAAAGCCUUAGUUUUACAAAAGCAGAGGAGGUUUUCGAGCGCACAUCAGUUGCAAAACAGUUGUCAUCUCCUAAAAAACAAGAGCUCAAUCAAACCUCUUCUGUGGAAAAAAGUGUUUCACGUUACACCAGACAAGAUGCCGUCAAUCGCACUCCUUCGCAAAAACAAGUAUUUUCUCCCGUCAAACAGGGACUCAAAGGCACUUCUUCAGAUGAAAAACCCAUUGUGUCUGCCACAAAACAAGAGGGCACUAGCCGCACAUCUUUUUCUGAAAAAAGUAAUAUUGCUCUGACCAGGCGAUCACCCUCUCCGAUCAAACUGAAGUCUCCUGAUUCUGAGCCCAUCCCUUUAUCUCGCCGUGGCAAGCAGGAUGUCCCGUCUGAGUGGUUGAAAGUUUUGGAUCGUCUACAUGGAAAACCGAAAGAGCGAAGCAGCGACGGCGGACUGCCAGCAUCAAAGAAUAAGCCAGAGAAAAGCAACCGAGUCAGUGCUGAUUUUGAAGACGCACUCUCAGAGCUUGAGCACAUGUACUCUAUCUUAGAUGAAGAGGCAGACGAUCUGAUGUUCCACAAGAGUCGUAGACCGUUUGACCAGAGGAUAUCUGAGCUUCCUCCUGCUUUACAGAAACGUCUCAAGGACCUGAAAGAAUAUGCCAUUGCACAGCGUAACAAACGACAGGUUCGCAGAGAGAGGGCCAAAUCUGACAUAACGGCAAAGACUCCCGCUCUCGUCAGUCAUAAACCAGCUGCUGAAGUAAAAAAGAAUCAAGAAUUUGUUUCCUACAGACAGUCCUUGAACAGUACCCCUAAACUCUCCAAGCCUACUACAUUAGAUCUGCCCAAUAAAACCACUGAUCUACGUCAUCGAGUAGGGGCAGCUCGAACCGAACGCAGCAGCUCCGAUGAAGAAACUUCACCACAGCAGCGCAACUCUGCUCAACUGUAUCGUCAACCAAGAUCAGCGGACAACUUAGGGUUCAGUUCAGACAGCAGUCCUAGUCCCGACCGCAAUCGGAAGAAUUUUGCCGCGAGGUUUGAAGCUGCCUCCAAGAAGCCUGAAUCCCGCUUUGAGAAAGUAACUGGUCUUGUCCUCCCUGAAUAUGUACCAAGUCAUACGAGACAGGUUGAAAAAACUCCAGUGAAAGCUCAAUCUCCCCAGAAGAAGGUUGCCCCCAAGCAAGUACAGGAAGUCAUCUCAAAGACAGCUGCGGUAGAUGUCAGAGCAAGUCGGAGCAUCUUUGAGAAACUUGAUCCUGGCAGCCGGAUGAGCAUGGACUCUGUCUCCACGGUUGACAGCUAUCAAUUGUCCCAACCAUUCGAGGAGAUUUCUGCAGAGUAUCAGAAGAUGUCGUCAGACCACAGAAUGGACAUCGGCUCAGAUGACGACGUCAGCCCAGGUCAGAGAAGCUCGUCCAGCGAGUCUCUCGUUCAGAGUGUCGCCAACUCUGGAAACGGUCUGAAAAGAACGUCCAAGCAGAAGGUAGAACCAUCUGCUGGUGGUGAACUGAGAACUGGUGAGAAGACUAAGUCAACAGGCACUGGACCAGUACCAUUGGCUUCAUUUGACGAAGAGAUCGCCAAAAGCCUCCACACACCUGACAGCAUUCAAACAAACGAGGGCCCAAUCAAAGAAGUGAGUAAACAACACCAAAGACCAAGCGCCUUUGCAGAUAUCCUACACCUCUUAUCUUGGAUCGAUUCGACUGACAUCUAAACAACCAUCUUCCCCGGUAUGCGUCUAAAUCUUUUCCAUUCGUCGUCGAUCCGCUCCCCAAAAAAAUAUUUGUACGGGAAUUGUCCAGAAGAUCACCAUUGUUGGUUUUGGACUGUUGUCUUGGUUUUUCUGGUACUCGUGGCCUUUUAACGUUGUUUCCUGCUCCUAAAGUGGCAUAGUAGAUAGCGAUCAGAAAAGGGGUCUUGGUGCCAGACUCGUCUUGAGUAUGCAUCUUUGUGGAGGAUUUAAACGACAGUAAGCAAGUAAUGUUCAGGCUCAAAUCUUUUUUGGGGACAAACUUGAAUCAAAGGAUUGUAAAGAAAUAACAGCAAUUGAAAGCUAUGUUUAGAAUUUGAAUUUUAAAUUUUCUUACAGAUAUUUGCCAUCCUUUGGGCACACAUUCGCAUUCAAAUGUUGAUGUAAACCCACACGCAAAUAUUUAAAACUGUUUAAUGCAUUUUGAAGGUAGUUGAAAUAAGAUACUUGGACCAAAAUAUUUGUCACCAUUUUCACACUGUUUUGUGGUGGAGAUCGUGCCCUAUUCUCUUGGAUUAUACCGUUUUGUUUGUACUGUAGUUGAAUUAAUUAUUGACAAACUGUUACUUGUUGUAUUGACAGUGAGUUUAAAAGUUGUCCACUGUCUUUGUAAAAUAGCUGUUCAUUUAUUAGAAUCUCCUGUUUGGUAAAACUUUUUAUUUUAUUUUUAUUAUUUUUUAUAUUACAAUUAUACGAAUCAUUUUACAAUUUCUUCAACUUUUUUAAUUUUUGUUAUUAAUUGCAUUGUAAUUGCCACAACACUUGUAAGUGUCGCUCUUUUCAAAAUGGUGCCAGUUUCUAAUUUUUGCCAAGCCUUUAUAGAUUGUGAUGUAUCAGGUUAACCUGAUCGGAACAGUCAACAGGAGAAGUGCACACCAGCCUUUUCCUGAUUGGCUUAAAGUUUGUGUGUCAGUUAUGACCUGUAGAGGGCGCUGUUCAUAGUUCACUGCUACAGAAAAGCUGUUUCUCCCAUAAGGUUAUUGUGUGUACAAUUUGUGUGUUUUUUUUUGUACAGAAUUCAGAUGUAAUCAAACUUAAAAUGUAAUUGCCAUCUAAUGAGUUUAUGCUUAUGAUUAAAGCAAAUAUAAUAGUAAUUUCACACAAAUAUAAAGCACUACAAUUUCACAUGUAGGUAGAAUCUAACACUGAAAUAAGUA